GUAGUUUUGUGCAAAUUUGGCAUUGUUGGCCUGCAGGCUGCAGAGUGACGUGUGGUGCGUCUUCAACUUGAGAGGUAAUUCAGAUAUGGCUAUGGCGGUUGCACCACCACCGAAUGCCACGAAACCCCUUGCAAUAUUCUCACCGGCCACCGCUGCUAACAAAAUCGGCUUUCGCGUCUCAAGAGUCUCUAGAGCGACGUCGUUCGGCAUCACCCGAGCCUCCGACCCGAAAAGAGAAGCUCCAACUCCCAACUCAGAUGGCCGAAACCUCCCCUUCGUUCCCCAGGAGGAUUUGGUGUAUUUGGUGAAAUUGGGAGCCGGGUCGGUGGCGGGUGCAGCUGCAAUCAAGUAUGGAAGCGUAAUAUUCCCAGAGGUAACAAAACCUAAUUUGAUUGAAGCAAUCGCCAUCAUAACUGCUCCUGUUCUUGUUGCUGUUGUGCUACUCAUCAAGCAGAGUCGAGUAGAUUGAAGAAGAAGAAGAAACUACAGCAGAAGUAUAUUGUUUCUGUGAAAAGUUUUGGCUCUGUUUCUGUAAGGAAGUCAGGAAGUGUAACUUUCUGCUUGGGUAAAAACAGCAAUCACAAGAUUAAGACUUCAAAAUUCCAACUUCUAUGACA